AAAAGCAGGGAAAAAAAUAAGAGGAUAGCAAUAAAGACCCAGAGAGGAGUCCUCUGUGUUAAGGUAAAGGAGUGGUUUCUUUAACCCCCUCUGCCAUUGAAGAAAUCUCUCUUCAAUGGCUGCCUUCCAAAAGGCUCUGUGUCUUCUCCCUCUCUUCUUCAUCCAUGGAUAUGCACAAUUUUUAUUCAGAAACCCUUUCGCUCCAUUCUUCCCUAGACCUGCCGAAGGAUCAUUACGAGUAGAUGGAAAUGCACAGUCAGAUUUUGAAACAAAGAGCAAGGGGACAUGGCAAAUUUUUUCCAAAGACUCUGGUGUCUCAUCCAUGCACAUGCAAUUACUUCCCAACAACAAGGUCAUAAUGUAUGAUGCCGCUGCUUUCCAUAUCUCUAAUAUCAAACUUCCCAAUGGAGUUUGUAUUCCUUUCAAGGAUAAGGAUGGUAAGGAGCUUCAGGAUUGUUGGUCUCAUGGUGUGGAAUUUGACACUGACACUGGGAACGUUAGGCCACUCAAGAUGCAAUAUGAUCCGUGGUGCUCAUCUGGAGGACUUUCGCCUAUUGACGGUACAUUGUUGAGCACCGGUGGUUGGAAUGAUGGUAUUAAAACCGUUAGAUACAUAGCACCCUGCGAGAUAUGUGAUUUCGAGGAGUACCAAACAGCUUUGGCAGAUCCAAGAUGGUAUGCAACUCAAAUAACCCUAGCUGAUGGUGGGUUCUUGUUGGUGGGUGGACGGAAGGCAUACACAUAUGAGUACGUCCCACCAAAAGGAGCAAGCAACGAAAAAGCAACAAAAUUGGCUUUGCUAGACCAAACCACAGAUUUGGACGAGAACAAUCUCUACCCUUUUGUCCAUCUUUCCACAGACGGCAACAUCUUCAUCUUCGCCAACAACAGAGCCAUUCUUCUCAACCUCGAGAAGAACGAGGUGGUCCACGAAUUCCCAGUCUUAGAUGGUGGUUCUCGUAACUACCCGGCUUCCGGAAUGUCAGCUCUUCUCCCCAUAAAACUCCAUGUUGACAACGCUGAAGUAAUCCCGGCAGAAAUCAUGGUAUGUGGAGGUGCAAAACCAAAUGCAUAUGGUUUAGCAGGGAAAGGCCAAUUCAUUCCAGCUCUUCAAGACUGCGGUAGGAUCCAAAUCACCAAACCCAAUGCCGUGUGGAAGAAGGAAUACAUGCCCUCUCAGAGAGUCAUGGGAGAUAUGUUGAUCCUUCCCACCGGGAAACUCUUGAUCAUCAAUGGUGCUAAGAAAGGUACCGCCGCAUGGGCUUACGCCGAAGAUCCUAACUUGGUUCCUGUCCAUUACGAUCCAGACGGUCCAAAAAACAAGAGGUUUAAGGAACUCAAUCCGAGCAAGAUUCCAAGAAUGUACCAUUCAACAUCAGCUGUGCUUCAGGAUGGGAAAAUUCUUGUAGCAGGAAGCAAUACGAACCCGGGAUACGAUUACAAGGCUAAGUAUCCGACGGAAUUGAGGGUCGAAAAGUUCUCGCCGCCUUAUUUGGAUAAAGAACUCGACCAACAUAGACCCGAGAUCGUUGAAUUGGCUUCCACGAAGAGGUUCACUUAUGGACAAACAAUCAUUUUCAGGUUUAAGCUUGAGGACGAAGUUUUGAGCAAGGCAGAUAUAAAGGUGACAAUGCUAGCUCCACCAUUUACGACUCAUGGUUAUUCGAUGAACCAGAGGAUGUUGAUCUUGGGUAAAAAGGAAGUGACAAUGCAUCUUGGAGGUGUUCAGCAAGUUGUGGCUGUGGCUCCUCCUUCUCGUGUUGUUGCACCACCUGGGUAUUACCUAAUCUUUUUGGUCUAUCGUGGAGUUCCUAGCAAAGGAAUGUGGGUGCAGAUUAUGUAAAUUGGACAAAUUAUCAUUUUUUUUUUUUUCUCUCUUCUUGGAUCCGAAUUGAUUGAUGGAUCGAACGUCGUCUUCUUCAUAAUCUUUGGCACCCAGAGCGAUGUUGCUGUUUCUGAUUUAAAAUUUUAAUAUAGCUUACCUAAAUUUUCGUCGAUUUUUAUUUUAUAUCGGCUAUAAAUGUGCCCACUUCCAAAAAUUAUCACGGUUUUGCCAAAUCCUGAAUAUAUAUGUAGGAGCAAAUUUAUUCUUUGUAAUGAUUUGAGUCCACAAAAUUUGAUUUUGUCCAAGUUAAAUAUACAUUGAUUUAUUUAUUCAUUUUUUUA